CGGGGCUCCGACAAAAGGGAGUUCAGUACGUGCGUUUGGAACAAUUUGGAACCUGGUUUUCAGAAUUAGGAACGUCAUACUUUUCUCGCAAACUUACAUUUUCUGUUGGGUAAGGUCAACUGCACGCAGACUUCAAACCUUCACCAAUAUGUUGGUAUAGUCGGUUCGAGACGGCGGAGUGCGUCCAACGAGAGUCACCACCGACGCACGAGACGGAGGAGUUCGUCCAUCACCUUGACGCCGCCGAUCUGUUCGGCCGUUCCACAGUUGUUAACCGGUAACGAGGUACUGAAUUUUGAAACCCGAGUGGCUUCUUUAUAAGUUAUUGGAUUGUCGAAUAUUAAGCGUGUUCUCGCGAAUAACCAAAUUUAACCCGAUUACCGUAUUUUAAAAACAACAUAUCUUGACGAUUUCGGUUACUAACUUUUGGAUAUGCAGGUUAUUGAUAAAGUAAUGAUUAGACAUCUAGUUAGUACUUUUUUUUAUUAUCAAUUAAUGUUAUUUGUAAUAACUAAUAACCAAUAAACAUGUCAUUUUCGCGAAUUCAUAACCAUUAACCAAAAUCAUAUAACCAUAACUAAUAAUGAAUACAGCCAUGUUAAUCGCCAAAAGCCGCCUAUUGUUAAAACCUAUAGUUUUUGGGCCGUAAAUCAAUAAAAAUCGCAUUUUAAUGAUUUGAAACUUUGUACAACUCCCAUUCAAAAGGCUAUCUUCAUCAAAGGGCGCACGACAUAUUAUAUUGUGUAUUCAGUUUUUCACCUUUGGGUUUAGCACGUUUUAUCGAACAACACCAUAUCCACAAUAAUAUUAAAAUGUUUAACUGACUUUUUCUUCCAUUUUCCGACAUUAUUCAAUAAUUAAAUAAAAUAUAUUUUUACUUAAAAAAGCGUAAUAAAAUACGCACUUUGAACCUAAUAAAUAUUUUUAAAAUAUCAUAGUCAAGCGUGCAAUAUCCAUUUCAUUUGUAUUUUCCGGAUCAGGUCAUAAGGUCAGCGCGAACUAUAUUAUUAUAAUAUAAACAUGUAGUUGGUAAGCGAAUAAAAUUUGUCAUUUUUUUAUAUUGGAAUCACGUACCGAUGAAGAAUACCUUGGUUUUACUAUAGUAAAACUAUGAAGAAUCGAUAUAAAUAAUAUAGAUAACUAAUUUUGUUGGGUUUUAUAGAAUAUAAAAAAAACAAAAACAACAAAUGGACAUACUUCGCAAAAAGGGUGGGCAAUUGUUAUAGGUGAGAAGUUGGAAAGGUAGAGGAGAAAUUUAAUAUGUAUUCAACGAUUAACCAUCGCUAAAGAGCGGAAGUUGGAUAAUAUAUUUUAGAAUUUUUCAAAAGUGCAAAAACAGAAAUGUAAAAUUAAAAACAAAUACAAAUAAAUGCCAUAAUACAGAUGCUAAUCAUUUUUUAAUUCCGUAAUGCAUACCUAACAUUUCGUAUUCCACACAAUUUUAGUCCCUGGGGAAAUUCAAUUUUUAUCUGUACGCAACGGUUAAUUAUUACUAACGAAAACGACUCUGAGUGAAGUUUGGUUAAAAAUGUUUUGAAAGACCGUUAUAUUUAUGAUUUUUGUUAAAAUUUGGUACUUAAAUCAUUAUAGAAAAAGUUCUACACAACACUCGAAUUUUUUUUUUACUACAAAGUACGACUAACAAUGAACCUCUUGUUAAAUUUUCAAGUAUUUAAACAAAAAUAACUCCAGAAUGGCUCAAAUAUUUUGAAAAUUUUACCACGUCCAGAAAAAAGGUGAAUAUAAGUUUUUGUCUAAAUUUCAAGUCUUUACGAAUAUUAAAUUCUGUAUGGAAUGAGGAAUGUAUUGGUUUUACAAUGAUAUUUUUUUUAACUGUGAAUAACUUUUCUACCAGCAAUUUCGCUCCGCUAUUACAAUGAUACCACUUUUUCUGAAAGGAAAUCUGACUGAGGAAAGAAAAGGAAAAAUAGGCAAACUAUUAAACAAAUAUUAUUAAAGAAAAUAUAUAAUGUAUAUACCCAGACAGCAAUUUGGCAACGUUAAAAUUUUGAUAAUAUUUAAACUAGAUUAAAUUUAAAAUGUUAUCUAAAAAUGUUUUUGAUCUUAUAAAAGUAAUUUUAUGUUUAAAAUAUUCUAUAAAUAUUGUAAUUUAUUUAUUUUCUAAUAUUUCAAUAUAAUGUUAGAUUAAUAUUUUGUAUUUUAAUUAUAUAAUAACAGCUAAUAAGAAAUUGAUAAGUUAUAAAUUUCGAUGUACUUCAGACAUUCGAAUAUGGACGAUAUUAAUAUUUAAAUCAACAUAGAUUCUGAUACCUAGUGUUUUUUAGAACAAAACCCUAUGAGCCGUCGGCUGGCGGUCAUCAUCGUUCAGUCGGUCACAAUAAUAAUGUUCUUGUUAUCAUCAACGGUUGAUAAUAUAAACUCGCCAAUCAGGGAACAGCAUUUUAUAUAAUACAAAAAGUGAAUAAGGUAAGCAUUUGUUAUUAUUUUACCAUAAUACUAUAUAUUAUACGUUGUUGGCAAAACAACACUAUUAACUAAACUCCGCACAGAAUCGUUUUUCGAUAGCAAUGGUUAAUCGUUGCGGACAGAUUUACUUUAAAUUUCCUCUCUACCUUUCCGAAUUCUCAUCUACAACCCACGUGCGAAGUAUAUCCGUCUUUUUUUUUAACUGGAUCACAACAAAAAAAUAAAAUUGAAAACAAUACAUUUCGUAAAUUUCCCUGUUUUCCUGGCGUUCUUUCCUGGUUUUUCAUAAUUAUUAUGAAAACCGAUUGGAAUAUCAAAAAAUGACCAAAAAUAUAAAAAAUAAAAUAAAAUAAACAUUAUUGUUAAACUAGUACAUUCCUCGCUUCGCUCAGACUCAAAAAGUGAUUUUUGUUUGCAGAUUAAUAGCAGGUAAUAUAAUUAUUUCGCCUGUACGAAUACCUAACUUCACAUCACGUUUAUGAAGGAAAACGUAUGUAUAUACAUUCGUUAUAUAUCAUCGCUCGGAUAAUAUUAAUGACCCCGAAUAGUCUUUAGACCCUAUAAAUAUAUAUAUAUAUACACAUACAAAGUGAUUUUUUCAUCAUGAAUCAGCGAUUUUCUCGAAGAAUUUUAAGUGAAUUUGAUGUAUGUUUAUUUUAAUCACUAAGCUUUAUUUUAAAAGAUCAUUUUUAAUUUGUUACUUCUAAUUCGUACACCUUAAAUAAGUAUAUAAUUAUACAGUUUAAAGUUCCGACUGGAAGAGUAGGGAAGAGCGAUAAAUUGCACGUCUUUUUUUAUAUGAUAAAUUGAUAACUCUUCUGUAUUUCUCCGGUCUAAACUUUAAUAAGGUUAUAAAUCAUAAACGGUAAAUAUGAUAUUAAUGUUGCCCAUACCAAAAUGUCUAAGAAAAUGUUCUUUAUUUGAAUCUGUGUUCAAAAAAGGCGGCUCUUAUUUGAAAAACAAAAUUAUACCCUUAUAUAAGGAAUGUGGAGUAGGGGUAAAAAAUUUAAAAUGGUCUUAAAAUUAGGCUUAAUCAAUUCCAUUAUGAAAGAAAAAAAAAAAACAGAAUUUAAAUUCACUUAAAAUCCCUCGAGAAAAUUACCGGUUCAUGAUAAAAAAAAAUCACUCGGUACAUAAUAUAUAAAUGUAUAAUUAUAUUUUUUUAACUUUAUUAUAAUACAUGAUAAUAAAUUAUUUCGUUUCACUACACUAACUCAGAUAAGUGAUAGCUUUCAUUACGUCUUGCAUAUUAUAUAUUAUAAAAUUAUCGAAAAAAAUUAGAUCACUAUUAUUGUAGAUAUUUUGUUUAUUCGACAAAACUUGUAUAAUAUUACAAUAAUUUCUAAAAAUAAAUAGCUGAUACUAUUGAUAUUAGUGUGCCACUUUUUUAGGAGUUAGAAGGGAGCAGUGGCGUAUUUAUGGAAGGAAUAUGGGGAAUAGAUCUCCCUUGCCUUUUUUAUGUAUAAACAAGCACACAACAAAUCACACAUUCUGUAAUCUGUUAUAUGAUAUACAAAUCUACCUGUUUAUUUUUAACAGUUCAAUAUAUAAUAUUAUAUACCGAAAUUAAGUCACAUUGAUAUUUUGUGAGUAUCAUUACACAAUAAUAACAAAAAAAUCAAAAUAGGAUUUUCAAAAAAAAAAUAUUAAUUUAAAUAUAUAUUAUAUAAAAAUGAAUCCCUAUUUCCCAUGGUCAUCGCAUCACGUGAGAACGACUUGAUUGAUUUUGCUGAUUUUUUUUUUAUUGUAUUCGUAAUUAUCCGACAAAGUUGUUUAUGAAAGAAAAUAUCUAAAAAAUCAACCAAAAAGUAGAAAAAUCGCAAAAAUGUAUUAAUGAUAUCUGUGAUUUGAAGUCGAUUCGUUGCACUAACAUUAUAAACGUUUUUCUCAGUUGUCUUUAUAUACUCUAUGGGCAGAUAUAUCGUCUAACUGACGUGCUUUAUUGUCAUUUAUUCAUCUCUUUAAAUAUCGUGAGUAUGAUAAAUGUUAUUUAACAGCUACAACGGUCAGCAUAUAUCAAAAAAGUUAAUUUAUUCAUUUUUAAUACAUAGUCCAUUCGAUCUGAACGUUUAUCCAGUUUUAAGUUUUUUGAGAAGUGAGUUAGUUAGCAGUUAGUUCACCACAAUUUAAAGUUGAAUUAUAUAAUUACGUACGCAAAUCGCAGGGAUUAUUUUUUUUCAGACAAGUUAGAAAUUUGGAUGGUAUUCAAGUUAUGGCGUCAGUGCGUCACCGACAAAAUUUCGAUUCAUUUUUAUACACAACACAUAUAAAUUAACGGCAAAUACGUAAAUAAAGGUAUAAAAGGAACGCCGUGCCAUCUGCAAGUGACAACUAUAAUACAGUACACGCGCUCACCCACUACCGAGCGUUCUUCAUUUCUUUUGAAAUCUCCCCCACCCCCCCAAAAAAAAAAGAUUUGAUGUUUAGAUAUUUUUAUUAUAAAAUUCAUGAAAAAAUGUCACAACAGAAUACUUGUAGUCCACCGAAGGUAGACUACCCACUUUCCCCACCUAUUUGUUUUCAUUCAAUACUGACCCGAUCAAUAAGUAAUAUGGGUAAAACAAAUAAUACAAAUUUGGCACGGGCAAUGACGGGCGGGACAGCUAGCUGUUUAUAAAUAUUGUGUGUUGGUUUGUGAUUAUAGACUAGACUAAACGGGUUAGCUUAGAAAAUAAUGCUUUUAUCUUCUUUAAUUUUGAUUUAUUGCUGUAAUGCAGUUAAAAAUAUUCAUAGUGAUAUGAAAUUUUGACAGAAAAUUUAUAUUUGCCUUUUCUAAACGUGGUGCAAUUUUUACAACAUUUUAACAUUUUUCUAAGCGUUUUAUAAAUAUUUUAAUUUUGUGAGUUCUUACGUAAAUUUUAAUGUGGUAAGUACUCGUUGGAUAUAGUUAUUUGAUCAAACAGAAAUACCUGAAAAUUUAUUAGGAGGUUAGGUUAUACCUAAGUCAUUAUAAGUUGUACGUAUUCGUAAAAAAAAAAAGUUUAAUAUAAAAUAGACAUUUUUUUUCUUGUUUAAGAGUUUCAAUAUCAUAUUUUGACGAAAAUCAUAAAUAUUAUGGUCUUUAAAAACAUGCAAAUAAUAUAUAUAAUAUAACAUAUUAUGAAUACAUAAUAAAUAUAUAUAUAUAUAUAACUUAUAACCGAACUUCGCUCCGAAUGGUUUAUCGUUGCUAAUUAAAUAACUUUAUGUAUCAUACAUUCAAAACUUCGCAUAUGAAACAGUGGCACACCCGCCCCUAGAGUAUCAGCUCUGUUUUUUAUUUUAGUUAUAAUUUAUUUAUCAUAGUUAUCAUCUUAUAAUAACAAACGUCUGUCGAAUGAUACAAUAUUUUUAAAUUCUUCUAUAACCUCGGAAACUUCAUCAUUAAAUUCCUGCAGUACAACAUUUUAGCAACACGAUUGAUUUCAAUCGAUCUAGUUUCAUAGUCACGUUUUCACUCGAGUCAAUUUAGAAAACGUUUGCAUAUUUGAAUUUAUUUAUAUAUAUAUAUAUGUAUUCAUGUCUACAAAUUCAGACUUCGUUAAUAACGUAAAAUUAUAACGAUCGGUUAAACUACGCGUAAUUAUUAUUUUAUUUACCAAUAUCGAACAUUAAUUUUCUAGUUUUAAAAAUUGAAAUUCCAUUUACACGUAUUAAUAUAAUUAUGUCGUAUUAUUUAGUUUUUUUUCCAUAACUUUAGGGUAGGCAUACUCGGUAGGUACAUCACCCCGUAGUUUCGCCUACGUCGUUAUAAUCUCGAGGGUUACUUAUUUCUGUAUAGUUCUUUUAUUUUUAUUAUAAUUUCAAUAACAUAUAUUCUAACGAGGUGUUGUCUCGGUGUUGAUUAUUGCUGAUUAAGAUUAAUUCGAAAAAACCCGAUUACUUUUUUUUUUUCCGUGAGACCAUUCCCGUACCUACAUAUCUAUAAACGCAUCAUCGCGCCUGUAUUUACUAUAUACGUUCGUUUUAUAGGUCCGUGAGAAUAUUAUAAAAGAUAAGUGAUGGACCUUAUCGAUUAUUGAUAUGUUUUCGGUUCAUAGUUUAUACGCAUAAAAACUGACGAAACAGUGUUACCGAGUUUAUUACCUCUUCAUUAAAGAGCCACGAGUAUUGUUUGUCAUUUGAUACGGAAUCACACGCGGAAAAAAAUGGCACAAAUAAAAAAAAAUUACAUUAAAUUCGUGCUGGUCUUGGUGUGCUUGUCGCAGGUAUGUUUUUUUUUUUUAAAUAUAUUUUAUUUGUUUUCAAUUCGAGCCAUAAUUACAAUUUUCACUCAUCAUACACACACAUACGCAGGUACAAGCAGGCUCGAAGGCUCUUCUGGACAAAUCGGACAAUCCUUUUGACGAGUUCUUCAAGGAGAUUGUCAAGUCGGUGAAUAAAAUCUCGGAAAAGUUGAAAUCACGAUUGGCCGAAGUCGAUAUUCAAACUGACAAAUAUAUCAAUCAGCUAGAAGAAAAAAUUGAUGUUACCGAAGAACAUUUACAAGAGACAAUCGCAAAGGUGAGUGUUUUUUUCAACAAAUAUUACACUAUACAAGAGUAAAAAUUUUAAACUUUUCUGUUGAACAAACUCAAUGCAAUAAUGAUCACCGCCACUUUAAAACCGAUAACACUGAUCGAAAAAUAUAAUAUAAUAUUAAAUUUACGAACAAUAAAAAAAAAAAUUCAAUUUUCAAGAAUUUUGUUGAAAAAAAAAACGAUUUAAUGGGUUCACAGAUACUGUUCAGGUGAUGUCGGUUAUAAUAUUAUGUUUGACAUAUUAUUUUCAAAUCGACAAAAAGAUAAUGAGGAUGCGUGUCGUUUUUAUUUUUUUUUUAGUCGUAGAUUUUCUAGGUUUGGAAGCGUUUUGCGUUUUUUAUCACGUAUAAAAUGAAAUUAGAAUAUAUUUUUUAUAAACCGAAAAAUAGCAGUUGUAAAAUCUAGAUUUUAUAUUUUUGUUGGUUUUAUCUAUCGAAUAUAGGUGAGUGAAUCUGUUGAAAAAUACUACAAACAGACGACCGAAAAUUUCCCAAAAAUUUGCGACAAAAUUCUCGAAGAUAUAAAAGCCAAAGACCCGGAAAUCGCGGAUAAAAUCAAGAGAGUGAAAAUCGAAUUGAUCUCAUUGAAAGAUGACCUGAUCAAACUGUUCGAAGAGGUUAAAAAACCGAUUGUAGAACGCUUCAACGAAGUGAAAGAAGAAGCCAUCGUCAAAACCAAACCCAUCGUCAAACGUUGGACGCCGAUUGUCAAAGACGUUGAAGUGAGUGUGAACGCACGAUCAAGUAUAAUAUUGUUUCGGUAAAAAUUAUAAUAAAAUGGUAUUCAUAUUUUCUUUCCGCUACAUUUCAGGACAUAAUUUUGGCUUUGAUCCCGGACAAAAAGAAAACGAAGUAGAAAAAGAAAAAAGAAAAGAGAAACGCCUAAUCACCGAGGUCAUCCGUUACAUAAUAUUUCAAUACUAACUCUCAACAAAUAUAUUACAAUAUCAAUGUAUUUCCCGUUAAAAAAAAAAAAAAAUGAAUUUUAACCUCCGAUUUUUUUUUUUUUUUUUGUACCUUUUAUAUUAUUAUUAUAAAUUAUAAAAAUUGAUUUACAAUAAUCAACGGUAGUAUAAUAUUUGUAUUAUAUUUUUACCUUAUACCUAUCGUGUUUUAUUACAGCUCUAUAUUAUUAUAUGUUAU